AUGGGACGGCCUGCGGCCGAGGUGCCUACACCUCACAGUCCCAUGCAAUGGCAGCGCGAUAUGGCAUUUGCCACUAUUUCGGUGAGUGGAACCAGCCCAGCCACAGCCACUUGGUCAAGAUGUUCUUGCUCGUGGCCAUCCCUGGCGCUGCAGCUGAAGCAUUACCAGAAGCUGAGUGGCAGCAAGUGGACCGCACCCACUUGUCAAAAAGAGGAAAAAAAAAGUGCAUUUCAGCUGACAGAGGAUGAUGCACGCCUCAAACGGGUGGCCAUGCGACUUGGUGAAGAUGGCCAGGGCACCCCAAGCCACCUCAUCAAGGGCCUAUGUGCUCGGGGCCGUCGUGGGGGUGCUGAGCCCAGCGGCUGCGCGGCGCUACGGGCAAGAAGGGAAGCAGGCCAUGGUCACAACUGGCUGGGUGGAGAAGGCAGAAUUGCCCCUGGCGCGGCCCCGCCCCUUGGGGCGUACGCCUUGAGGGGGUUGCUGGGAGCGGCGGGGCUACCUUUGCCUGAGAAGUUUGCAUUUGCUCAGCAUUUGCAGAAUGCAAAACGCACUGCACGAUGGAAAGUUGUUGAAUUGAAGACUAUCACAAAGGUGCAGACGAAGGAUUGGCUGCAAAAUGGUCUGAAGGUGCUCUUCAACUUGCUGACGUUGAGCUGCCGGAACCAAUCGCCAGAUGACCCAGCCCUCAUGUUCCUUCAAGAGUUGGGAACAUUGAGAUUCUUGAGUGCUCUUCUACUUGCUGACGUCGAGCUGCCGGAACCAAUCGUGCUCUUCAACUUGCUGACGUCGAGCUGCCGGAACCAAUCGCCAGACGACCCAGCCCUCAUGUCAGCUUCAGGUGCUCUUCAACUUGCUGACGUCGAGCUGCCGGAACCAAUCGCCAGACGACCCAGCCCUCAUGUACUCUUCAACUUGCUGACGUCGAGCUGCCGGAACCAAUCGCCAGAUGACCCAGCCCUCAUGUUCCUUCAAGUACUCUUCAACUUGCUGACGUCGAGCUGCCGGAGCCAAGCGACAGAUGACCCAGCCCAGAGUCGAAAAGAGCAAGGGCGAAACAGUGUCGCCGAGCAGUUGGUGGAUGUGGUGUCCAUCACUGACGGUGCCUUCGCAGCCCUGACGGCCAAUGGCGCCUGUGUGACGUGGGGCUCGUUCGGUGCAGGUGGAGACUGCCGCGAGGUGGCCGAGCAACUGCGAAGCGGAGUCACCUCCAUCAGCAGUACGGCAUCCGCCUUUGCUGCCCUGAAGGACACCGGCGCUGUGGUCACCUGGGGCGAUGCCGAGAAGGGCGGAAGAAUGGAAGUGACCUGGGGUCCUCCAACGGAUGAGGAGGAAUGUAGUGAUGAUGGCUGUCACGAAGACGGCGAAUCGGAGGACCACGGCGAGACAUACUCCGUGGAGGAUCGUUUGUCCAGCGGAGUGCUUGCGGUGGUCGGCUCCGACAACGUCUUUGCGGCACUGAAGGAUACCGGCGAAGUGGUCGCUUGGGGCUGCGCACCCGAUGGAGCACACUUGAAAGAGGAUGUGAAACGGAAGCUGUCGGAGGGUGCGCCCAUCAAAUCCAUCUCCGCAGCCACCACGACCUUCGCCGCCCUCAAGGAGGAUGGUCGGGUAGUGCCCUGGGGUGUGAUCGCUGACUUCGGCAACGGCUUUUUGUUGGACAAAGUGGAGGAUCAGUUGACCGACGUGGUCUCCGUGCCCAAUAUGCCCACGGAAAACGUCUGGGGUAUGUUUGCCAUCAAGAAGACCGGCGAGGUGGUACCAAUUGGUACUAUUGCAAAUCCACCAGAUCACAUCAUUGAGGACGAGUUUCGAAGUGGUGUGGUGGACGUGGUGGGCAAUGGAAACAGCUUCGCCCUGCUGAAACGCACCCUGUUCAUCACAAUGAUUCCAGCGGCGAAAUCCGGCGCUCCUCAAUCGCUGGAUCGCUGCUUCAAAACUGGCGACGAUCGGUUGAAAAAGAAACAUGCGGUUGACUUCCUGGGGUCACCAGAUGUGUACAAUGUGAGAUGGGAGAUUUGCUGCGUCCUGCAGCGACGUGGAUCGCUGGGUCGUCGAGGCGACAGCGAAGUCGUUGCCUAUCGUCCUGAACUUCCGCCGCAGCUGACAGUGGAAGCUCCACCAUGUCGUCAAGUGGAGGUCCAGGAGCUUUGCCGCCUGGCAGGGUGGGCCAUGAUGGGUGAGGUGAAAUUGGAAGCGCAGGAAUGCAGCUUGGGCGGUGAAGAAAUCAGUCUCCACGUGACCGACAUCGCCCCGCGGGGCAGGUUCCGCGGGCGCAGCGGUGCGCGGCGCGGCAAGGGCGCCUCAAGCGCCAAGUGCGCGUUGCAAGGGCCUGAGGAGGUGACGGCACUGGAAGUGGAGAAUGCCAGGCUCGCGUUUUUCAACGCCUCGGCGCGGAAGGAUGGAGGAGCGAUCUCCGCGGGCCGUGGUGGACUGAAGCUUCAGAACAGCUCGGUGCAGGUCGUUUCCUCCAACGCCACGCGCGGUGGCGCCAUCGCCGUGUCCUCCCGCGGCGUAUUGCGCUGUGAAGGAUCCACCAUUGUGACUGAGAGGUCCUAUGCCAGGAUGGAUGGUGGAAGCAUCUUUGCCAAGAACGUGCGACUGGAGAAUUCCAGCGUGGAGAUCUCCUAUGCCUGGGCAAGGAACGGAGGCGGAAUCCUGGCCGACAUGCUGGUGGCCAGGUCCUCCUCCCUGUCGAUCUCGAACGCCUUCGCCUAUGGCCAUGGAGGGGCGACCUACUCCCACAAGCGCCUUGUGCUCAUCGACUCCCGCCUCCAUGGCCAGUCGUUGGAUGCAUCGCAAACCUUGGCGUCCAAAGGUGGCGGCAUCUACGCGUUUCACUUGGAGCUGCGGAACUCCAGCGUGGAAAUUGACGAUGCCGCGAGUGGUUUUGAUGGCUCCUGUAUUCAUGCCGUACGAUCCAUGACGGUGCGAGGCAGCGCUGUGCAUCUAAGCGGCUGCCGCGCCAAGAGCCAGGCAGCGCUGCAUGUCGGAGGCGAUCUGCAGAUGGUGAACAGUUCGAUGACUUGCCACAACAGCAGCGCGCAGAGCAGCGGUGCCCUUCAUGCAGAGAAGGUGUUCCUCAACUCUUCCAGUAUGAAGAUGACACAGAUCCGUUCUCAGGUGCCUCCCGUCACCUUGGAGGUGUCCAUCUUCAAGAUGACAGGCAGCGCCUUGUCGUUGCUGGGCACCGGUGGCCACCAAGGUUUUUCAGCCAUUGAACUGUCACCCAAUGCCGAUGAAAACCGGUCCUUUGACAUGUCUCAAG